AGAGAGAGAGAGAGAGGAUGAGGAGAGGAAGAGAGAGAAAGAAAGAAGGUAAGGAAAAAGAGAAAGUGGGACAGAAAGAGAGAGAGAGAGAUGUAUAUUUUUUCUGAUUAAUCGCUCUGACGGGGGGCGGAGCGUUCAGUCUCCGUCACCAUGGCAAUCACAGCUCACCAUAAACACAGCGCGAGCCGGUUCGUCGUUCGAGUCACCAUCACUGUCGCGUGAGAGCGGUUGUUCCCGCAACAGCGCGCGAGUGUGUUUGCGGGAGUGAGGGGAAUGACUGCGCGCGACGUGAGUGUGUGUGAGGGAGAGAGAGAAAGACGGGACAGUUGAGCGCGUGGUCACUGGGCUCGCGUUCCGUUCGGCGAAACCGAACCGGCUCUGUGAGGGUCUCACGCGCUACUACUGCUGCUGAUGCUGCUGCUGUUCGCCCGGCGCUCGUGCACACCGUCUCUGGGGUGAAAAAAAAAGAAGAAGAGGAAGAAAAGCAAAAAAAAACCUCGCAAAAGUGUCGCGUCGCGUCGGCGGGUCUGUUGCGCAUUAUUCCAGCAGGGGAGCGCGCGCGCGAUGUGAAAAAAUGCGCGAGAUGGAGGAGCUCGAGAUACCGGGAGAGCACGGCGGCACGGGUACCGUCUAACGAGGACACAGCAAAGUUUUAGGCUCGCGCUGACCACAAACAGGCGCGCGACCGUUGGGGAACUAAUUCUGCACAUCUGGAACAUUGGCCAUUUCUGACACGCGUACGCGCGCACACACACACACACACACGCGCACCACUGCAGAAUCUGAAACACAAACGGGCGAGACGGACUUGCAGACACACACACACACACACACACGCGCGCGCGCACGCUCAGUGUGUGCACAGUCCCGCGUUCCUCCGUGUACGUGUGUGAACGGUGGUCAGGAUGCAGGUGUCCUUCGCGUGCACGGAGCACAACCUGAAGAGCAGGAGCGAGGACCGUCUGUGCGGGCUGCGCUCGGCCCCGCCACCGGGGGGCAGCAGCGGAGGUGGGGGAGGGGCGGGGGGCGGUGGAGGCGGUGGGGGAGGGGUGGAACGGAGCAAUGUACAGGUCAGUAAUGGAAAUUACGCGCAGCAGAACUCCGUCAAAAUCCGCGACAUCACGGGGUCACGAGGUGUGACGCAAGGCCACGCCCACAUGAAGGAGGCUUUUGGCAGACACAGCACCAUGAAAUACAGAAAUUUGGGGAAAUCGGGUCUUCGUGUGUCGUGCUUGGGCCUUGGGACAUGGGUGACGUUUGGCUCGCAGAUUUCCGAUGAGAUGGCAGAGAACCUGAUGACCAUAGCGUAUGAGAACGGUGUGAACCUGUUUGAUACAGCUGAGGUGUACGCUUCAGGCAGAGCUGAGAUCACUCUUGGUAAUAUUAUUAAGAAGAAAGGAUGGAGGAGAUCCAGUUUUGUAGUAACGACCAAAAUCUACUGGGGAGGACAGGCGGAGACAGAGAGAGGCCUGUCCAGGAAACACAUCAUCGAAGGUCUUCGAGGUUCUUUAUCAAGACUGCAGCUGGAUUACGUGGACAUUGUCUUUGCAAAUCGAAACGACGUCAACAGUCCGAUGGAGGAGGUGGUGCGUGCGAUGACGUUUGUCAUAAACCAAGGCAUGGCCAUGUACUGGGGGACGUCCCGCUGGAGCGCUAUGGAGAUAAUGGAGGCGUACUCGGUGGCUCGGCAGUUCAAUCUGAUCCCCCCGGUGUGUGAACAGGCCGAGUAUCACUACUUCCAGAGGGACAAAGUGGAAGUGCAGCUGCCUGAGCUCUACCACAAAAUCGGUGUGGGGGCGAUGACCUGGUCUCCGUUGGCGUGUGGUUUGAUCACCGGGAAAUACAGUGAUGGCGUUCCAGAAUGUUCUAGAGCUGCAAUGAAAGGCUAUCAGUGGCUGAAGGAGCGUGUUCACAGUGAAGAAGGUCGGAGACAGCUGGCUAAGAUCAAAGAGCUCCACCUACUGGCUGACCGACUCGGCUGCACCGCCGCACAGCUCGCUAUUGCCUGGUGUUUGCGCAGUGAAGGUGUUAGUUCUGUAUUGUUGGGAGUCUCAAACGCAGAUCAGCUACUGGAAAACUUGGGAGCGCUGAGGUUUCUCUCUCAGAUGACUCCUCAGACGGUAAACGAGAUCGACGCGCUGCUGGGCAACAAGCCUCACUCCAAGAAAGAGUCCCGCGCGUGAGGAAGGAAACGAGAUGACGAGAACGCAACGACGAGAGCCGAGUGCGAGCGGGACAAAAGGAUGGCUUUCGCUUCCUCCCCUUCCUGUGUACUCCAUCUUCCUGCAUGGCUCCUGCAAACCACCGGGCUUCCAGAACGAUCCGAACCAAACCCACUCUCGAUCUUUUAUAAACAUUUCACAGACACAUCGCUACACCGUUAAAAACAAAAGGAGAGAUUUUCCUCUCUACAAGAAAAAAAAAUACAGACAGACUAAUAUCUGAAUAAGAGAGAACAUCAUGUCUUCCAGGUGAAACACUUCGGAGAAGGGGGCGGAGUUGACAAAAAAAAACUCAGUUCCUUUUCCCAGGAUGCCGUGCAGCAGGCUUUUGGUGCGUGUGUGUGUGUGUGUCUGUGUGCGUAUGUGUAGCUGCUCUUCACUGCCGAUGACGUUAACCCCAACCCCAAGCAGCAAAACACAACUUGUGUGUGUGUGUGUGUGUGUGUGUGUGUGUGUGUGUUAACCCACUUUUCCGCCAACACAGAACCUUUUUAUGAACCGUUCCCACUUUUCCACCAUUUUAAGAGCUGAAUAAUCCGACGAGGGCGUGGCCUAAUGUAGGCAUAAAAAAAAAAAACAACCGUGGUUUUUUUGAGUACUUUAUACAUAGCACAGAGAGUGGCACUGUGCUAAUCAUUUGUCUCGUAGCUGGCUACCUUUAGUUUAACGUUCAUAUUUUGUAUUUGCUAACGUAACGUAACUUAAUUACAUCUCAUAGAGCUAGCACAGAAUGUCAACUCAUGAACUAGUGAGUCGGUAGUGCUGAGGAAUAUUUACGUUAAUAUUAACGUUCACACAAAGGCUGCUAACAUCGCUAGCAUUGUCGCUUUCGUUCCAGAACUAGCGCAAACUCACAGGUUCGGCUAAUCAAGAAUGUGCUAGGUAAAAAAAAAAACCUUAUGAUUUGUUCGUGCCUGUGAAUCAAGUCAAUUGAUUCACUUAAAGGAGUUGUUUAAAAUUUUUGAUUCAUUGAAGGCCAACAGAUUUGUGGUGCUAGAACAGAACCGGAAAUUUGUUGGUUGACAAUCAUAGGACGGUUCUAGAUUAAUGUUCUGCUGCUGUGUCGGUGGAAAAGCAUUGUGUGUGUGUGUGUGUGUGUGUGUGUGUGUGUGUUGACUCAUUCUCAUGGCCUGCAAUAGGAGUCACACAGAACCGACUCAGUGUCAUUUAUUCCUCGUAAUCAUUCUCCCGCCAUUAUUCACAUCCCCCGAAUGGCGGAUGGACAAAUCGCCAUGGCGACGACUGGUGUGCGAAAUGGAGCGAAUGUAUGAACUUAUUUCUUCCUCCAUAGUGUCACCGUGAUUGACAAACUGUGCGCAUGGCCCUUUAAGACAGUCCCCACUCUCUCUCUCUCUGUGUGAGUGUAUGUGUGUGUGUGUGUGUAUGACUCAUGCGAUAACUCUUUUUCUAUCUCUGAAGCAAAAAGUGUCAGAGGUCAAAGGUCAGGGAGACCAGAGAAAUCAUUCUAGACAUCAGUGACAAUGAUAACAUGAAGAGAAACUUCCAUCGUGUGUGUGUGUGUGUGUGUGUGUGUGUGUGUGUGUGUGUGGACGCUGGUCAGUAUGAAGACGUUAGAUGCCAUAAAGCUUGAUUCUUGCUCAUUUUUCUGAAAAAAAAAAAGUUUCAGUGCAGAUGGUGGUGUGUUUCCAUCAGCUGUUAUGGCUGUUUAGGGUCAUUCCUAUCUUCCCAGGGUCCUAUGUUCCCCAGUUCAAUAUUCACAUUAAGUAAACUUUUCAAAAGGUUUUAAGUAGUCGUCAGGACUCCCAGGGCUCUAUUAACUUUAUUACCUUUUAACGUUAAACACCAAAAACACAUUUUAAAUGAAUAACAGCAUACAUUAGUUUAAACAUACAUUACUAUCCAUCCUUCAUCCACACUUGAAAUGUGUGAAAGUUAUUUGUGCUGCUCUAAAAACGGUAAAAAAAAAGUCUACGUUCAUACAUCCAUACAGCUCAACUCCGUGCAUGAACAGUACCGAACUGUUCACAAUAAACUGCAGAAACGCCGGACUGUGGCCUAUAAAACACAGGAAACAGUCAUAAAAGGAACAAAAAGUUAAGGAUGAACAUGUCCCGGUAAAGUAUCGCUCCAGCUUUAAAUCACCUGCUCUAUAUCAUUUCAAGGAUGCACCUCCUGUGUGGAGGCAAUGGUCUGAAGCCCUGACUAUACCGUGUUUUUAUUCUGGUUAGUCGGGCCUCCAAGUCCCUCCACAUCCUACAUAAUUAAAGAGGCAGGAAAAAUAAUCAAUCCUUUUUAUUUUUGCCCCAAGUCACAUGUCAUGGAUGAUGAGGCACACAUCAUCGCCGGUCAAAUUGGGACGUUUUCACGUUUUGCACUUAAGUUAUUACAGAGCGUGCAUUCGUGCAUGAGCAUGUUGUAGGUAUAGGUGGGAAAAGUGGUGCCCUUUUAAAUGUCUUUUAAACAAGUGUUUUUACUUUGCAACUUUACUUUAUUCACAAAACCAUGUUCCAAUCUGGGGAACAUAGAGACGCUCCCGCUCUUUAGCUAUACAUGUUUAGCUACUUCACUGACAACCCAGGCUAGGUAUAUCUAUUUUUAUUAUUUUUAGCUUCCCAUUUUUAUUUUGAUUAAAUAACUGCCCUAUUUCACAACUUUUCUGCAAUAUUUUAAUAGCAAAAAACGGAGGCAUGCUAGCUAGCUAGCUAGCUUUAGCGACUCUAUCCAGUUUGUUUCCAUAAUUGACAUUUCUGUGAAAUCAUUUGAAGCGGGUACGCAACACGUGACCAUGUGAUGGGUUUCAGUUUUCAGCGACUGGACCUGUGUGAAAUGUUGCGCUAUUCUCUACUUAUCCCAAGCAAUAGUUAGCGUUCCUGCCACAGUAGCCGCCAUUUCGACUUCCCAAAUGCUAACAUGCACAAACUUUGUUCUAAAAAAAAAAAAAAAAGGCUUAAUUUUCAAGAUUUACGUGUUUUUAUUUUCUGCUUACGUGUGUUUCGACCAAGUCCCCGUUUACAAAUGAAAUAAAUCAUAAAGUAUGUUUUUACUGAGACACAAAAGACAUGUUUAGCAUUCCUGCAUCUCGUGCCAGGUAUAGCUGAGUGUUUAGCACUAGCGACUCUUUCGUAUAACACACCUGUAUGUCUCAAUCUGUAUGUAUUAUUUUAUUAUUUUUUAUUUUUAGAGUGAAUUGUAGUAACGCUAGUUGCUAGUGUUUGGGAUACAACACACAUUUGCUACAUCAUCGUUUAUUUGGACAACUUGCUUUCGUCCGUACGCUAACUUUCACACCACAGAUUAGCAUAGACAUUAGCAUGAGGAUGGAAGGAUGGGAAACACACUACAGUUUGAGCAGUGAGAUUUAUUUAUGACUGUUAUGAUGUGGAUUUAGCUUUCAGGACACGUAGCGGAGCAUGUUUGUUUAUUAGCCGUGUGUGUGUGUGUGUGUGUGUGUGAGAGAGAGAGAGAGAGAGAAAGAGAAAGCGAGUGAAGCUUUUUUAAUGACACUGGAGGAUCCGUUUUUUCCAGCAAGAUGUCGGGAAUGUAAUCAGAAAGUUUCGUUUGUUUUCGCACCCAGAUGACCGUGUCUGACUCGCUGUCACUCACUUUGAUGGGUUCUGAUGGAAUUUCAUUUGCUGAGUCACUCCACUCAAUGUUCCCUCAUGGACCACUGUGAUUUGGGACACAGCCGCAAAUCUGCCCGGCAACAGCAGACGCAACGCAGCGUCUGGUGGUCUGGUGCUCCUCUCCUCUGCACUCCGUUCAAACCAUUCUAAGCUGUUUGAUUCUUAUGAAGCAACUCAAACGACAUGAUUCAUUUGAUUCACUCGAAUCACCACUCGGAGUGACGAUCCACAAAUAUCCUUCAGGCUUAAAAAAAAAACGUGGACCACCUCCAGUAUCUCAUGCGCACAGUUUCACGGUUCUCAAGAACAAUCUUGGUAUGGUGUGGAGAGUCGAAAAAUCCGAUGUGUUCAUUUGUGAAUUGACUCGAAUCACUUUGUGAACUCUUUGCUCACAAGUUGUGCCGCGUACAGCCGAGAUUCAAGACGGCCGUCUUAUGGUGCACAUCUGAGUUCAAUUUCAUCCAGUGCCAGUUUAUAAAAGCAAUCAAGUCAGGAUGAAGUGCUGACUAAAGAUGAACGAAUCAAUGAAUCAAACAAUCAAUGAAUGAAUCAAAAAUCAGCCUUUGGAUGUAGAAUCCUGUAUUAAUCCUGUAUUUCAGGGCAGUGAUAUGAAUCCCUUUACUGCUGAAGAGAAUCGGCUCGAGUGGCCGCUCUACAAUAAGGACACGUUCAUGAUUAUGUCACUAACCUCAACCGUUUUAUUUAUUUAUUUUAAAAAAUUAAACAUUGUACUUGAGCUGGACCUGAGAGAAGCCGGACUCACGUUCAAACGCGAAUGCUUUGAAUGGUUUCUUUUUUUUUUUUUCAUGUGAUGUAUUAUAGUUAGCAAGAUCUUAGUUAUACGAAGACGAAGAUCUGACCUGAGCAGCGUACAUACACGUUUAGAGCACAGAAAAAAAAAUCCUCCGUAACCCUGCCUGUGUCUGUUCUAUUUUAAUGUCUUGCACCAAGAAAAAAAAAAAAAAAUGAUUCACUCAAACCCUGUAUCGAAUGUAUUCAUGCUUGCCUUUAAAAUGUCUGAAGAAACUCACUGCAAUGUUUUUAGGCUCUUUAAUCAAUGUCAGAUGUGUCGUGUGAUUGUGCACCUCAGUGUAAGUACACACAUUUGCACCGUUUUCGGACGUUCGGAAUUACUGGCACCCUUCACGGAUAAUGAGCAAAAAUGAAUAGCACAUGCGACAAGCGCUGUUUU